AUGACCUUUGAGAAAUGCAUCUUGAAGUCUGCCCUGACACUUCUUGCUGCUCUUACUUUUUUUCAAAUCUGCUGCUCUGGUCCCGUGAGCCGUCCAACCAACUGGCUCAGACAAUGCCGGGCCUCCACCAACAUUUCCCUCACAGCCCUGGAAGUCCUGCCAGGAGGAGGCUGGGACAACCUCCGGAACAUGGACAUGGGCCGAGUGAUGAACAUCAGCUACUUCCAGUGCCAAACCACCGAGGAUGGACUUUACCUCAUUCCAGAUGAGGUGUUUGUCAUCCCUCAGAAGCAGACAGGCGUGGAGACCAACUCAGAGAUAAUCAGCUCCUGGCUGGAGCAGAAAAGCACCACAUCUCACUCCAUCAAUGCUGAUGCAUCAUUUUUCUCAAAGCUGAAUGGCAAGUUUUCCUCUGAGAACACAAGGAUGAAAUCACAUCAGGUCAAGGAUUCUUCAACUACAGCCAGAGUACAGGUUCGUGACUUAAUCUACACCGUCAAAGCUUACCCAGACUUCACAUUGGAUUCCCGCUUUGCUCAGCAAGCCAAAGAAAUUGCUGAUGCAAUUGAAAACAAUCAGACGAGGGAUGCAAACUAUCUCUCAGAGAAGAUGGUGCUGGACUAUGGAACCCAUGUUAUCACCAGUGUAGAUGUUGGGGCAUCUCUGGUGCAGGAAGACUAUCUCCGUUCCUCUUAUGUGUCAGAAAGUUUAUCAGAUACCUCCACUGUUAAAGCUCAGGCUGGGUUAAACUUUUUUGGCAAACUAAAAUUUGAUAUCAGCAGUCAGUCUAGCCAACAAAGCUCAUCACUUCAAAAAUAUCAGUCCAACAUUCAGUACUCCCUCAUCCAAAGCCAUGGGGGCAUACCUUUUUAUCCUGGAAUCACUUUACCUAAGUGGCAAGAAAGUAUCAAGAAUAACCUGGUUGCUAUUGAUCGAUCAGGAUUUGCCCUCCAUUAUUUUAUUAACAGGAAUACUAUUCCUGACCUCCCAGAACCUACAGUUGCCAAAGUGGCUAAUAAAGUAAAAGAGGCAAUAGGGCUUUACUACAAAGUCAACACCCGUCCUGGGUGUGUUGACGUCAAUUCUAAAAACUUCAACUUUCAGGCCAAUGUAGAUGACAACUCCUGUGAUGGCCCAGCCACCAACCUUAGUUUUGGAGGAGUCUACCAAGUAUGUACCAAACUCACCGCAGAUGCUGAUCCACUUUGUGAUAGACUUGAACAGAAAAACAUAGAGACAGGUGAAUUCUCCUGUCACUAUCCUUACACCCCAACUUUACUGCAAUCUGAAAAGAAACAGGAGGGUUAUACAUCACAGGAGUGUCACAACGAAAAACAUUCAUGUGGCCUUUUAGGGUUGUUUCAUUGUCAUACAUAUGUUUGCAAUGAUGUGGACCAUGUUCGGUUUGCUCGUAUUGAUACGUACUGGUGUUCUAUGAAUGGAAAAGCAUCAGAAAACUCUGGAUAUCUGUUUGGUGGCAUAUAUGGCCCCUCUUUCCAGAACCCCAUCACCAAAUCCAAAGGCUGUCCUCCAAACUUUAUCCCAGUAAAGUUCCUAUCAGAUGGCCAAAACAUCUGUGUGAGUAAUGACUAUGAGACCGGAACAAGGUACUCUGUACCAUUUGGAGGUCUCUUCAGCUGCAAAUCUGGUAACCCACUGGCUAAAGAUCAACACAGAUGCCCUCCCCAGUUCAGUCAGCAUGUAGCUAGUAUCAGUGAUGGUUGUGAAAUUCUUUACUGUGUCCAGUCUGGAUUGUUCACAGGGGGUGAACUGCGACCAAUCCAUCUUCCUCCAUUCCGAGAAACUCCUCUUCUCAACCUGCAACCCACCAACACAGUGAUGGUGAUAACUGAAGGAGAAAAGAGCUGGGUCAGGCUGGGUCAGAAUAAAGCAUGGACACUUGUGAAGUCAGAGGAAAUCCCAGAAAUUAUUAGGAAGUUCAACCCAGAACUGAAUGAGAUGUCAAGUACAGAGAAAGGAGGAGUGGCUUUUGGAGUGAUGGGUUUUAUAUUACUGGUGGUCAUAGUGGCAGUAAUUUUGGUCAGGAAGAGGAGGAAAUACUCUGGAUUGAGGGCACAAGGAUAUGUGGAAAUUGGUGAAGUAACAGAAAGGGAUACACUCAGAGACGAAGCUUAA